AUGGAGGAGUCUGAACAGGACAACAUCAGGGAGAAGCUGGCAGGUCAAAGUCAACGAGGCAUGAGCCCACACUUGCCAACUGAGCCGCACAAUGGCAACGCUGACACCAGCAGUCUAGAGCUGGUGCUUAAAGUAAGAAUUCAGGACUCCGAAGAAAAUGACUUCAUUGAAAUUGAGCUGCACAGACAAGAGUUAAGUUACCAGAACCUACUCCAGGUGAGCUGCUCUGAACUGGGGAUUGCCCCAGAAAAAGUGGAGAAGAUGAGGAAGCUGCCCAACACAUUGCUCCGGAAGGACAAAGACAUUCAAAGACUCCAGGAUUUUCAGGAAAUAGAACUCCUCUUGGUGAAGAACGGAAACCCAGAAUGGACUAAACUGAACACAGCAUUACCUCGGGCAGAGACACCAUGCUACAAUAGUAAUGCUGCAAAAAUGACUUACUAG